AUGCUUGAGAUAACUCAUUGGCUGCGAUCUGGAUUUGACACAGCCUGUAAAGCUGCUAGCGGACACAUCCCGGAGUCUAAAAGCCCUCCACCAGUCGAGCGAAGCCAGGGGCAAGACACCAGCCAGACUAAUGUAGCCAAGAAGAGGAAAUAUAGUAAUAAGGGAAGCGAUGGUGGCGAGGAGGAUGAUAACGGAAGUGGUCAAGAUCAGCGACCUAUAAAAAAGGGCGUCGAUGGCAAGAAGCACCAAAAACAGAUGUUCGCUUGCCCGUAUUUCAAGCACAACCCAAGCAAAUACAAGGAAUGGAGAACAUACCCCGGCCCUGGAUGGCUCGACGUACAUCGAGUCAAAGAGCAUCUGUAUCGACGACAUCGUCAACCGUCUUUUCGGUGCGGACGCUGCUGGGAACCUUUUGAGAGUGAAGGGAGUUAUCUGGAUCACCAGAGAAUGAUAGAGCCAUGUGCCUUGAAAGACAAAGAACUGAUAGAAUGGUUUGAUAACAGCCAGGAGAAGCAGCUCAAGCUACGGAAAAGUACAAGUGAUAUGAGCGAGACAGAGAAAUGGCGAACGGUCUUCUCGAUAUUAUUCCCAGAUGUUCGAAAAGAAGACAUCCCAACUCCCUUCUAUGAUUAUGAUCACGUCGCAAAGAUAGUGCCCAACCAGCUAGAACAGUUGGCGGCAUGCGAGGAGUAUAUCCUCCGGGAAAUACCUUUGCGUUUGCAGCAAAGAUUACGACCGGAGCUUGACAGAGACUUUAACACCGUCGAGGAAAGCUUAAAGAGAACAGCAACAUAUUGCGUUAGGGGCCUCUUGGUAGAUGCGUUUCGCGAAUUUCGUCAGAUACAACAAUGUAAGAUGAUUCCAAGGACAGAAUAUGAGGAUACAGGGAUGAUAGAUGAUAGAUUUGGUCAUACGCUAGUAUCACAAGGGAAUAUAUCGCAAUGCUGUCAGUCGACUUCAAUUGAACAAGCCAGUUCUGUAGGUUUCGAUUUUGGCCUUCGAACCAUUCGAUAUUUCCCCCUGGAACAAUAUGGGAUUGUCAUUGGGCGAGGGUUUCAUAAUGGAAGAAAUUAUAGAACAGCCAGGAUGUAA